AUGGAAGUAACGAAUACCUUGGCUCAUUCUCCAAUACAACAGCUUUCCAUCCCACCUAGCUACUGCCACUUUGGAAAAGAGUGCAACAUAACCCUUGAAGGUCCUCAGCAAGCGAAUGUGGCAAACAACGCUAUCAACACAGAACAUAAGUACCAAGUCAGGAACGAAGUCAUUUCCAAGUUACUCCAAGUCCGAGUUAAUGCAGAUGCAACAAAGUGAUCCAACGAUAAGCUCAUUCCUGAAAUUUUGGACAGUUGGCAGGAAACCCGAUGCAAAGGAGAAGAUCUCACUAUUGGUACACGUGUCUUGUUACAGCAAUGGAAACGGUUAGAACUGAAGGACGGAGUAUUGUACCGAACGAUUAUUGAUCCACAAGAGCAGGAGGUACGACAGUUGGUGCUACCUGAGAUUCUAAAAGAGAGAAUAAUUCGCAGUCUUCACAACGACAUGGGACAUCAGGGCUUAGAGAGAACUAUUCUUCUAGCUAGAUCUCGAUGCUACUGGCCAGGUAUGUACACAGAUGUCGAGAAAUGGAUCAAGUCAUGUGAACGAUGUGUUUUGUCCAAGAUGCCACAACCGCGUAUUCGAACACCAAUGGGGCACCUUAUUACCGAACAACCCCUGUCAGUUCUUGCCAUUGACUUUACGUUGUUGGAACGUUCGAGUGAUGGAAAAGAAAUGUACUGGUAA